UUGAAUUUAUAAUUAUACUUACCCACUGUUAUCCUGACCUUAUAUGGCAACAAGACAAAAAUAAAAUGAGUAUAUUUCACUUUGCUAUUAAAUAUCGACAAGAGAGUGUGUUCAAUCUAAUAUAUGAAAUAGGUGCUAGCAAGGAUAGCCUUGCAUCCUAUGCUACUGAAAAUUGCAAAGAGAACAUGUUGCAUUUAGCUGGAAAAUUAGCUCCUCCAGAUCGACGAAAUAUUGUAUCAGGAGCAGCCCUUCAAAUGCAACGAGAGUUGUUGUGGUUUAAGGAGAUAGAAAAGAUUGUGCCGCACACAUACGUGAACAGAGAGAAUUCAAAACACCAAACACCUAAGGAAAUUUUUACAAAGCAACAUAAAAAUUUGCAGAAAGAAGGUGAAAAAUGGAUGAAAGAUACAGCAAACUAUUGCAUGCUUGUGACAACAUUGAUUGCCACUGUGAUUUUUGCUGCAGCCUUCACUGUACCAGGUGGCCAUAAUCAAGAUACAGGAACUCCUAUUCUUUUGAGAAGUAACUGGCUUAUUGUAUUCUUCAUAUCAGAUGCAAUAGCACUGUGUUCCUCUUUGACUUCAACAAUAAUUUUCUUGUCAAUUCUCACGUCUCGUUACACAGAAGAUGAUUUCUUAAAGUCAUUACCUACAAAGUUGAUGUUGGGACUUGCCACACUCUUCAUUUCCAUGGCGGGCAUGAUGGUAGCCUUCAGUGCAACUUUCUUUUUGGUGUAUACAAGCACAAGGGCAUGGGCUCCGACUGUUGUAGUUGCUUCAGCUAGUAUCCCAAUUACGUCAUUUGUUUUGUUACAUCUUAAACUUUGGGUUGAUAUAUUCCUCUCAACAUACAAGUCUAGAUUUCUUUUUCAGCCAUAUAAACAUAGACUUUUUUUAGAGAAAGAUGCAGAUUGAGGAAUUGAUCAACAGAUUGGAAGGGAAUUAGGUUGUCGGAGGUUCACUAGACUUUGUACAAGGAAGGCCAAGGAAAGAAUGGAUCACAAAUAAUUAUUUGGAUUGGAUUGGAUUAUGUAUUGGAUUGGAUUGGAUUGGAUUUGAUUAUGUAUUGGAUUGGAUUAUGUAUUGGAUUGGA